AUCGUACGAUUUAUUUAUUUACAAACUUUGCACUUCGAUCUUCCUAAUUUGUCACUUCUAUAUAUACGUUCUGGCGUUGCAAUCUUUUGUUUCGUAAUGUAGAAGAUAGCAAGAUAUGUAGUUUGUUGUAUUUAAGUCAAACGGAAUUCUCCAACGCUAGUCAAACCCACGAAAUUAUGAGUUAUGUUAUAAAUUAAACAUUGAACCGUGUGGAGUGAUGUUAUUGUGAUUACAAGGAAUCGCUGUUAUUACCGAAAAGAUUAACUUAAUUUACGAUAACGAACCGUGUUUUCCAAUCUCAGUGAAUUGGUAAAAUAGUCAAAAACAUUUGAAAUUAAAUGUGUUCAUUCACAACGUAACAGAACAAUGGUGUUGAAACUUCUCGGAACGCUUAUAGAACCGACGGACCGGUAUUCUACCAAAUCCCAUCGAAUAUCUGCCAUCGUUUUAACAACCCUAAUUAAAAUAGUGGUCAGUUCAUUCACGCCAGCGGCUUUCGUCACUUUCGCCUACCUGGCCUACAAUUACCAAAAAUACUAUCAACUUACCGCACAAAUUUGGACUUCGCAACAAUGGUUACUGGUGACCGCUACCAUUUGGUCGUUGUUUGAAAUUGGAUUUUAUUUACAUUGUCUGUAUGUAAAGAGGCUAUUCUCACGCACCUCAUCGACAUUAGAACUGACUUGGGCGAAGAGAGUGUUUUAUCUUCAGCGCGUACUCGACCACAAUCCAACUGUUUUCAAAUCAUUAGCCAAGUGGUUCCACAAGCGUGAUGAAUUGAAUUCUGAAGAUGAUAUUUAUCUGGAACAUUUCGAGGAUUGGCUGUCGUGGGCAUUUUUCAAUAAAUUGAAAUUCAAUUUAACGCGCAACGAAGUGCAUGAAUUACAUGCUAUUAUGGAGAUAUGCUUAAAGCAGGAUCCCAGCGCUGCUGCGCUGCGAAACGAGGAUACCGAGAGCCGAAAACCAUUGGAAUUCAUGCGGCUUAAUUUGGAUCCGAUAGUGUUUCAACACAAGCCACUGAUCGCAUAUAUGGUCAUUUCGUUGAUGCAACUGUACGGGCUGAUAUUUUUAUAUUUCAUUGGAUUUGUACAUUACAAUUGUCAGCCACGUUCCACACUUUCCUAUUGGAUUUACAAUGGUAACAAGUCAAAAUCUUCUCGAAAACCCUCGACCAAACCUCCGGUGUUUUUGGUUUAUGGUAUUGGUAUUGGUGUGACAAUGUACUUGAAGGUGAUAAACGCCAUCAGAAACAAAGAUCCUGAUCGUACUAUAGUCGUGCUGGAUCUACCUCACAUCAGCUUAAAGCUAGUCCAUCAGAUACCGUCGUUACCACAAACAUUGGAAGCUAUCGACAAUAUUUUCAAGAAACACGAAUUAGGAGCCUGUUCCUGGUUGGGUCAUUCGUACGGUUCGAUUAUCACAGCUUGGGUAAUCAAAUCAAGACCGGCUUAUAUCCAUAAGGUGAAUCUGGUGGAUCCAGUGUGUUUUGCCCUAUGGGAACCAGAUUUGAUUCGUAAUUUCCUCUACAAUCCCAAUCCGAUCGGACCGAUUCAUCGUCUUGCACAAUAUUUUGUUGCCAAAGAUCUACUGGUCGCGUCCACAUUAUUCCGUCAUUUUUGGUGGCUUCAGAACAUACUAUUCCCAGAUGAUUUGGCUUGCGAAAGUCAUGUAUACUUUUCACAAUACGAUUGGAUCAUCGAUUCGUAUGCCAUCAAAAGUUAUUUGGACAAAUUUUGUAGUCAAAAUUCGUGGAACCGAUUGAAAACGUUAAUGAUGGAUAAUGUUGCACACGGGGGAUUUAUUAGUUCGGAGGAAAAAAUACAACUUGUGUUGGAACACGUUUGAUCGUGUAGAAUUACUAUACCAAAUAGAGGCUAUUAGUUUAACAUUUGAAAUGAUAAGAAGGAGAAAUGUUUGAAAACAGAUCUCUCUUGCUGUUUGUGAUAUUUUCUUAUUAAAAUGGUUUUUGAAGAUAA